UUGCUCCAUCGUCAUAGCGACACCAACCAGUCCCUCACAGGAAAGGGCAAUACUGAGCUUAACAGUUAGCAUGAUCCAAGCUAGCAAUGUGUUUGUGCAAAUUCCCUGCUGACUCAGCCUCAGGAUGGUUAGAGGCAAGAAUCAAGCGCACCCAAAUGAGCGCAUCAUUGAUCAUGUGCGCAUCAUGCAGAGGGAGAGUGGGAGUAAGAGACGAGAGGCGCAGCGACGGAGCAUGGGAGUUGUAACGCAGUUUGUGUGAUUCCGUAUGCGUUAAUGUAUCUGUAAGUUCACCUUUGUUAACUGGUAUGAUAAUAGUCAUAGUUGUUUGUGCAUGUUUAAAUCUAAAGUUAUGCCUCGGUACCCUGAUAUCACGUUAGUAGGUUUAUUUAAUUAUUUAGUUAAUUUGCACUAAGUUCAUAUCAGUGGCCAGAAUCUCCUCCAAUGAUUACAUCCCGUGGUUAAAGGAUUUCUCUGUUGUUUAUUGCUUAAUUUAGCUGUUGCUAGCUUGCCACAUUCUUGCCUUAGUACUAGCAACUGGGAAUAUAUGUGCUAUUUAGCCAACUUGUGGUCUUACGGUGACCCCUUGUGGACAUUGUAAAAUAUUGCUGUGCCUGAGUAGAUGAUAUGUUCUGAUUGUUACUUAGUUAUUUUUAACCCUGCUAAUUAUAGUAUUACCUGUUUCUGUUUCCAGAAAACCAUGCUUAUAAUCACCUAUACUGCAUCUGCUACAGUUAUAAGUUCAUAUCUGGCUGCAGCACAGUUGGAUUUAUCCUGGCAAGCCCUGCUGUAACCAGUUCUUCUGUGAAGCUUAAUUAAAGACAGUGAACUCAACUCCUGGACUGCUGCAGUCUUUCUGACCGAAGACUUAGGCCAGACUUGUAUACCCGCACCUCCAGUAUAUAUAUAAUCUACAAGUGGUCCUUCGAGCCGGAUGUAUACUAGCUGCGCUAUGGCUACACCCAGAGAGUUUAACGACGACCAGCCUGCACUGAGUCCCCGUCCCAGCAGGGUGCGACGCAUUCCCGGACAUCUGGAGGACUUCGAACUCACCUACCCAGCUCACCGUCUUUAUAGUACCACAGUAAGACCAGCAUCACCACUAAGCCCUGGGAGUUCCCCUAACUACCCUGCAGCUGGUCAUUAUGGUACGGCAAGUCCAGAGGAAAGAUGGCAGCGGCUGGAAGCACGUUGGCAAACGAUAAGCCAGCAGAUGAAAGAACUUGAAGUGGAAAUGGACAGGGUCAGAUUGCCUUCGUAUCCACAGAGUGCACAUCUGCCUUACCCUUCAUACCACUAUGCAGCAUUUCAGCCACAUUACAGUAGCCUCCCCCAUUUAGAACUGGGUUACCCUGUACGGCCUCCCAGUCCAAGAGCUGCACCUAACAUUCAGCACCAGGUUGACACUGCUGCAUCAAACCCACAGCCUGCUUCAGAAGCAAUGUCUGUACCAGCCCCCGCAUCCACGGCUCCUCCAGCCUGCUCGCCGCCGUUGCCAACGCAGCCUGCACCUCCUGCUACUCUAAUGAUGCCUCAGCCAGUGUCCCCUAUCACACCACAGCCAGAACCACAUGUGCCUCAGCCAGUGCCCUCUACCACACUGUUACAGCCUGAGCAUGUUCCGCAAGAGCAGCAGUAUGAUGCACUCCCCAGGGCCUGGCAGUCUGUUCCACUGCCAUAUCCACCUGUGCAUUAUCCUAGACCACCCCGUGGUCAGCACUAUUAUCCAACAUCUCACCCAGUAGACAGUUCACAUCAGCCAAGUAUGAUGGAGAUGGCGAUUGCUUCAUCAUUUGGCAUUCCUAAACCCAAACUGACUGUAUUCAGCUCAGGGAAAGAGAGUGAUUUUCUUAUGCUCAAAAAGGGUCUGGACAGCUUACUUGGUCCGCACAAGCAUUUAAGUGAAGACUAUAAGUAUCAGAUUCUGCUUGACCAUCUCACAUUCCCAUCUGCACUUCAAGUGGCAAAGAGGUAUGUCAACAGUCAGACCCCAUACACAAGUGCCAUGCAAGCGCUCACACAGAGGUACGGACAGCCAAGGCAGCUAGUGCAGGGAGAACUGAAGGCCAUUCUGAAUGCCCCACCAGUCAGGGCCGGAGAUUAUCAAGCAUUUGAGGACUUUGCUACGGCAGUUGGAACUCUAGUGGGGAUGCUCAGUACAAUGGAGGGCCCCUCAUCGUCAGAGUUGAAGUGUGGGUCUCAUGUGGACACUCUACUCACCAAACUCCCCACUAACUAUCGAGAUGCAUUUGCUGAACAUUGCUUUAACCGAGGAAUUAUCCAAAGUGGCAGUGACCGUACAUACACUCUCCCUGACCUAGCCGAGUGGCUGGAAAGGAAGGCCCAGACUCUGCAAGUGUCUCGCCAAAUCACAAGCCCCUUCCCAGCUAUACCAGCACCGACUGAGUACAAGGACCGGAAAGCAGUGAGACAACAGAGGGUCAGACCUGCUACUAUUCUGCUUGGGAGUCAGCAGGGAUCGAAGCCCGCUAAUCCUUCUCCGAGCCCUGCCACUGUACCACACCUGAAGAAGAGAGAUCGUUUCAAGCCCUUCUGCCCUUAUUGUAAUAACCAGGAGCACUACCUCAAUGCCUGUGCUGACUUUGCCACGCUCACCUGUACUGCCAGAGCUACCUGGAUAAAAGAGAAAAAACGAUGUUGGAAAUGUGGGAGAGGACAUCCCCCAGGAAACUGCACUCUGAAGAAGCCCUGUGCAACAUGUGGAGAACAACAUCUGCUCAUACUACAUGAUGUUGCUGCUGCAGAGAGCAUCCUGACCGUAAAUACGUCCUCCAAUACGGUUUUCCUGGACCAAGUCAGCCAUUCAGGGCGAGUAAUGCUAAAGGUUGUCCCAGUGCGGUUGCAAAAUGGGGAGAAAACACUGGACACAUAUGCUGUCCUGGAUGAUGGCUCCGAAAGAACAAUCAUACUACCUGCUGCCGUCCAUCACCUUGGCCUUGUGGGAGCAGAAGAGAUUCUGUCCCUCAGGACAAUUCGACAAGAAAUCGUACAGCUGAAGGGAGCCACUGUAUCCUUUCAGGUGUCAGGUAUGACAAACCGAGUGAAGUAUGACAUUCACCAGGCUUUUACAGCAGCCGAAGUAACUCUGGCAGAGCAAUCACGUGCUGCUGACCUCCUGACACAACGAUACAAACACUUGAGAGGCUUAUCCCUGCAGUCCUUUGACAAAGUCCAGCCCCUGCUACUUAUCGGUUCUGAUAACCCUCACCUGAUAAUACCUACCCAGCCUGUGCGUACCGGUCCAGUUGGUGGCCCAGUGGCUGUGUGCACAAUGCUGGGGUGGGCGAUUCAGGGACCGGCAAGCUUUUUGCAGCAACCAACAGAUGAGAGAAGCUGUCUGCAUUUGUCCACUCUCUCCUCCUCAGAUGAGCUGCAUCAACAUGUCCAGAGACUCUGGCAGCUGGACACCCUACCCUUCCACACCAACAAGGAGGUGACGCGAUCAGGCGAAGAUAAAGCAGCCAUAGAACGACUGGAGCAAGGGACUGUCCGGGUCACCGUCGAUGGAGUGGCUCGCUAUGCUACUCCACUGUUGCGAAGACAGAAUGCACCUGUUCUUCGGGCACCUCCCACAGCAGUGAUGGCACUCCUCAGAGCGACAGAGCGACGUUUGUGUAACAGUCCAGAUCAAGCUGCUGUCUACAAUGAGGAAAUUCACAAGUUGGAGAAAGCUGGUUAUGUAGUAAAGAUCAGCAUGAAUGAGGUGAGCAGUUCUGCGGAAUCAUGGUUUAUCCCGCACCACAUUGUGUACCACAACAACAAGCCCAGAAUUGUCUUCAACUGCUCCUUUAACUACAAGCAAGCUUCACUUAACAAGAACCUGCUUCCUGGCCCGGUUCUUGGGUCAACACUGCUUGGCGUGCUGUUGAGAUUCAGAGAGUAUGCUGUGGCUAUCAGUGGAGAUAUUCGCGGCAUGUUCCAUCAGGUGCGCCUUCUGCCUGAGGACCAGCCACUUCUACGCUUCUUAUGGCGAGACGGGGAGAGGGAGCGCCGCCCAGACGUGUACGAGUGGCGUGUCCUUCCUUUCGGGACCACAUGUAGCCCAUGCUGUGCUACAUAUGCCCUGCAGCGCCAUGUAAAGGAUCACAGCGAAGAGAAUGAAGAGGUACUGUACUCGGUGCUCCAUGCAUUCUAUGUGGAUAACUGCUUACAGUCUCUACAAUCUCAGACUCAGGCAAAGGACCUGAUAGACAAGAUGAGAGCCCUCCUUGCCAGUGGAGGAUUUGAGAUAAGGCAGUGGGCUAGCAACGCACCGGAGGUUAUUUCUCACCUACCAACAGAAGCCAAAUCAACUGAGUGUGAGUUAUGGCUGACCACUAACAAGACUGAACCACAAGAGUCUUCCCUUGGUCUCAUGUGGCGCUGCAGCUCUGACACAUUGGGAUACAAGCACCGUGCCAUUCCACGUACUGCACCAACCCUGAGAUAUGUUUACAGAGUACUGGCAAGCCAAUAUGACCCAUUAGGUUAUAUCAUUCCCUUUACAACGCGAGCCAAGGUUCUGGUUCAGGCACUCUGGAAGAAAGAGAGGGGUUGGGAUGAGCCGAUUGCUGAUGAGCUCCUGUCCGUGUGGUUAGCAUGGGAAAGUGAGCUGCCAUACUUGCCAAACCUCAGCUUGCCAAGGUGUUACACUCCUGGUAUCUCGGCUGGGAGCCCCGUGAACCUGCACAUCUUCUGUGAUGCCUCAGAGAGAGCCUAUGGUGCAGUUGCAUACCUGAGAGUAGAGACUGACAGCAAUGAAGUUAAAGUGGCAUUUGUGAUGGCCCGAUCUCGUGUGGCACCCAAAAGGCAGCUUUCAAUACCUCGCCUGGAACUCUGCGCUGCCCUAGCAGGAGCACAGUUAGCCAAAGUCCUGCAGACCGAGUUAACCCUGCCACUACAGACAACUACCCUGUGGACAGAUUCGACCACUGUCCUUCACUGGAUCCAGUCUGAAUCCCAGCAGUAUAAAGUGUUUGUGGGAACCCGAAUAGCAGAAAUUCAAGAGCUUGUUGGAGCUGAGAGCUGGAGAUAUGUUCCCUCUGAAGAGAACCCUGCCGAUGACAUCACACGUGGGAAAUCCUUAAAGGAUUUAACUAAGCCAGACCGCUGGACAGAUGGCCCAGCAUUCCUCCAUCAGCCUCCCGCUAGCUGGCCUACGCACCCCACGGUGAGCUCGAUGCAGAAGGAAGAGAUCCGCGACACCAUCUUCUGUGGCAACAUUUCCACAAGCAGCCCGCUGACGCCUGAUCUGACCCAGUUCAAAUCCUGGACCGAGCUGAUACAUGCCACAUAUCACGCCCUCCACGGGGCGGCCGCUCCACCCAUGACUGCCUCCAGUCGUAGGGAGGCAGAAAUUGCCCUACUGAAAAGGUCACAAAGUGAGAGCUUCCCGGCAGAGCUUGCUGCAUUGCAGUCAGGUAAAACUGUCAGCCCUAACAGCCGCUUGCUGUCGCUUUCACCUGAAUUAGACCAUACUGUCGGGUUGAUCAGGGUUGGAGGUCGUCUCCGGAGGGCUGAAAAUCUGAAAGAGGACACUAUCCAUCCUAUAGUUCUUGCACCAGAUCACCCUGUCACAACGCUGUUAGUGCAGGACUAUGAUAACCGUCUGUUACAUGCAGGUCCUGACCGUAUAUUCGCAGAGAUAAGGAGGACCUACUGGAUACUUCGCGGCCGACAGAUUAUCAAGAGACAUCAACGCAGUUGUGUGGAAUGUUGUAAAUGGCGCAGCAAACCAGUCACUCCCCAGAUGGCAGACCUACCAGCUGCACGACUACGCAUCACUAAACCACCAUACUGGUCCACUGGAGUCGACUGCUUCGGCCCUUACACCAUAAAAAUCGGACGGAGGCAUGAGAAAAGGUGGGGUAUUAUCUUUAAAUGUCUGACCACCAGGUGCGUACAUCUGGACCUCUUGUGCAGCAUGAACACGGAUUCAUUCUUGCUUGCCCUUCGGCGCUUUGUUGCAAGAAGAGGAAAACCCUUUGAGAUUCUCUGUGAUCGUGGCACCAACUUCAGAGGAGGAGAGAGGGAACUCAGAGAAGAUUUUGCUGCUAUGGAACCAGUUUUGAAGCAACAGCUCAGUGAACAGAGUAUCGAUUUCAAAUUCAAUCCACCACUUGCUCCACAUUUUGGAGGCACAUGGGAGAGGGAAAUCAAGUCGGUCAAAGCUUCCCUGCGUGUCGUCCUGAAAGACCAAGCCGUCCCAGAAGAAGUGCUGAUGACUAUGCUUGUAGAAGUGGAGGGCAUUCUUAACUCGAAACCUCUUGGUUAUGCAACAUCAGACAUUGCGGACCCUGAUCCCAUUACCCCUAACCUUCUGCUUAUGGGGCGGAAAGACGCAUCCCUACCACAAGCAGUGUACAGCAAGAGUGACCUACUGGGACACCGCCGCUGGAGACACAGCCAAGUGCUUGCCGACCAUUUCUGGGUUCAGUUCACUCGCAAUUACCUACCGAACCUUCAGCUCCGUCAAAAGUGGCGCAUCGGUACCCCAGAUCUCACAGUAGAUCGAGUGGUCAUGGUGAUUGACCCACAGCUACCAAGGGCUCUGUGGCCAGUUGGGCGGGUAACUAAAGUAAUCCCCAGCGAUGAUGGCAAGAUACGCACAGCUGAGGUCGACAUAAAGGGAGCUAAAUACAUUCGCCCCGUGACGAAGCUCGUCACUCUUCCAAAAUUGCCAGAGGACUGAAGGGGUGUAUAUUAUCCAGCAGGGACAUUUGUGUUCUGCAAAUUCACUUAGUGAAUUUGGGGGCGGCUGUGCAAAUUCCCUGCUGACUCAGCCUCAGGAUGGUUAGAGGCAAGAAUCAAGCGCACCCAAAUGAGCGCAUCAUUGAUCAUGUGCGCAUCAUGCAGAGGGAGAGUGGGAGUAAGAGACGAGAGGCGCAGCGACGGAGCAUGGGAGUUGUAACGCAGUUUGUGUGAUUCCGUAUGCGUUAAUGUAUCUGUAAGUUCACCUUUGUUAACUGGUAUGAUAAUAGUCAUAGUUGUUUGUGCAUGUUUAAAUCUAAAGUUAUGCCUCGGUACCCUGAUAUCACGUUAGUAGGUUUAUUUAAUUAUUUAGUUAAUUUGCACUAAGUUCAUAUCAGUGGCCAGAAUCUCCUCCAAUGAUUACAUCCCGUGGUUAAAGGAUUUCUCUGUUGUUUAUUGCUUAAUUUAGCUGUUGCUAGCUUGCCACAUUCUUGCCUUAGUACUAGCAACUGGGAAUAUAUGUGCUAUUUAGCCAACUUGUGGUCUUACGGUGACCCCUUGUGGACAUUGUAAAAUAUUGCUGUGCCUGAGUAGAUGAUAUGUUCUGAUUGUUACUUAGUUAUUUUUAACCCUGCUAAUUAUAGUAUUACCUGUUUCUGUUUCCAGAAAACCAUGCUUAUAAUCACCUAUACUGCAUCUGCUACAGUUAUAAGUUCAUAUCUGGCUGCAGCACAGUUGGAUUUAUCCUGGCAAGCCCUGCUGUAACCAGUUCUUCUGUGAAGCUUAAUUAAAGACAGUGAACUCAACUCCUGGACUGCUGCAGUCUUUCUGACCGAAGACUUAGGCCAGACUUGUAUA